AUGGAGCAUCUCUGCUCCCUCCUGGCCAUAGCACUGCUGGCGAUGACCCUGGUGCAGGGUGCUCCAGUGAGUCAGAAUCCGGCAGGCUGUGGCAAGCGUUCGGUCUCAGGGCGCAUCUUCAAUGGUGAAGAUGCCAAGGACGGGGCCUGGCCCUGGCAGGUCAGCGUGCAGCAAAACGGCUUCCACAUCUGCGGCGGUUCGCUCGUCUCUGAGAGCUGGGUGGUGUCAGCAGCUCAUUGCUUCAAUCUGUCCGUAGCCAUUUCAGCAUAUCGGGUGCAGCUGGGUGAAAACCGGAUUGUCAGUGAAACCCCAACCGAGUCGUUCUCAUCGGUGACGCGGAUCAUCCCCCAUCCCAAUUACAACAGUAGCACUUUCCUUGCCGACAUCGCCCUGGUGGAGCUGGAGAAGCCAAUUGCGUUCACGGCCUCCAUCAGCCCCGUGUGCCUGCUUAACGCCUCCGUCCAUGUGCCCGCUGGGAAACCCUGCUGGGUGACUGGUUGGGGGAACGCUCUCCCACAAGCGGUUUAUAAGCCACCGGAGACACUGCAGGAGCUGGAGGUGCUCACCGUAGACUCCACGAUUUGCAACGAUCGCCACCGAGAAGGAUUACAAGAGCCUUCAGAUUACAACCCUAUCAAAGAUGACAUGAUUUGUGCUGAGUACCCGGAAGGCUAUAAAGGGGUUGCUUGGGGUGACUCUGGGGGACCCCUGGUGUGUGAAGAAGGCGGGACCUGGUACCUUGCUGGGAUUGUGAGCUGGAUAAUGGUGAUAAAAGUGGAUGGGGUAGUCAGUGUUGCCCCUGGUUAUCCUGGAGUCUACAACCGCCCCAACGCCCACAAUGAGUGGAUCAAGAAGAACAUGCCUGGUGUGACUUUCGCGGAGGUGAACUUCACUCUGAUCAGCCCCCGUCCAUCUACCACCAUCAUUCCGAUCAGCCGCUGUCCAUCUACCACCGUCACUCUGGUCAGCCCCCAUCCAUCUACCACUGUCACUCCAAACAGUGCCAGUUCUCCUCUUACAAUCCCCAGGGUCCUUCUCCUAGCUGUGCUUCUGUGGCUGACCCUGUGA